AAUUGAUUUCACAAAAUUUUCACCUUACUCAUUGAUGACUAUGCAGCAUCAUCCAGAAUCGGGAUACAUGCCAGAAGUUCCAUUUACCCCAUUAUGGGGUCAAGAGGCACCACCACCGCCACCAAUUGUUCCAUAUCAAGAAUUAAUUGCUGGAUUUCCAUGUUCGGAUUUAGCUAUUUGGCCUCGUUCACAAGUCUCCAGUUUGGUAAACCAACGACUCUCCCCACGAGGUGGUUUACCAGCACCGUCCAAUCCGUCGGCUAAAAAACCCCGUCGGCGAGUUGCUUCAAUGGCUCAAAGACGUGCCGCAAAUAUUCGAGAACGUCGAAGAAUGUUUAAUUUAAAUGAAGCAUUUGAUAAAUUAAGAAGAAAGGUUCCAACAUUUGCUUAUGAAAAACGCUUAUCACGAAUAGAAACUCUUCGAUUGGCAAUAACUUAUAUUGGAUUUAUGACAGAAUUACUAACAGGGACACCAGCAAAUUCACACAAAAAUCGAUCACCAGAAAUUUAUUCAGGCAUGAAUGGCCAUCAUCAUCCAGGACAUCAUUUACAUCCAUCGUUUCAAAGGGAUUUUGUAUCACCAUAUGGACAUAGUUUGGCUUAA